ACAAAUUGCUAUAAAUUUUUCGAAUAAUUUUCUGUUUAUUACAUGCAAAAGCGGUAAGACAAAUAUGGUUGCUGGAAUCCCAAGUUUCUUUUAUGCUUUGUUUAUUUUUCUUUCUUUAUUUCUUGUCGCAACCGGUGAAAAUUUUAUUCUUUGCUACACUACCAAAGAUUGUCCAAAAAAUAUGUGUUUUCCUCCUCAAACUCCGAGGUGCAUGGAAUAUUAUUGUAAAUGCAUUUGAAAACAAUUGCGAGAACAAAAGCAAAUCGUGAUGAAGAGAUUGCUACUUCUGCUAAAACCCUUUGGUGUAUCACCGCAUCCUUCUCACACUCAUCCUCAGGUCUUAGACUUCUUGAAUAAUAGGCAUAAGGUGCACCAUGAUUCCAUAAACUUUUGUCAAGAAAUUCUGCGGAAAAAACCAGUUGAAUGGAAAGCUGUGCUUCGAAACAAUUUGACACAACCCAUCAAUGAUGUGGACUUGGUUGUUACAAUCGGUGGUGAUGGAACUCUUCUGCAAGCCAGCCAUUUUGUGGAUGACAAAAUUCCAGUUCUUGGAGUGAACUCUGAUCCUACACGGAUUGAUGAGGUGGAACAAUUCAGUGGAGAGUUUGAUGCUACCAGAAGCACUGGUCAUCUUUGUUCUGCAACUGUUGAAAACUUUGAACAAGUUCUAGAUGGUAUACUCGAAGGUCGAGUUGCUCCUUCUGAAUUAACAAGGAUAAGGAUAUCUGUAAAUGGACUACACUUGUCAACUUAUGCACUCAAUGAUGUCUUAGUUGCACAUCCAUGUCCUGCUUCACUCUCUAGGUUCUCCUUCAGAAUUACAAAGGAAGAUCAACCAUGUUCACCACAAGUUAACUGUAGAUCAAGUGGUCUAAGAGUUUCAACAGCCGCCGGUUCAACAGCUGCAAUGCUUUCCGCCGGUGGAUUUCCGAUGUCCAUUUCAUCUCGUGAUCUCCAGUACAUGGUAAGGGAGCCAAUCUCGCCUGCGACAGUGUCUGACUUUAUGCAUGGAUUGAUUAAACAAGACGAAAAAAUGAAUGCUGCAUGGACUUGUAGCAAAGGUGUGAUAUUUAUCGAUGGUUCUCAUAUCAACUACACCAUUCAAGAUGGGGACAUCAUUGAGAUUUCAUCCAAAGCACCUAGUCUUAAAGUUUUCUUGCCUCAUCACUUGUUACAAUUAGCAAAGAUGUGAAGUAAAGUGAACUUUUUUAUCAUAAGAAGGCGAUACAAAUUUUGUUGGAGGAUUUGUGUGAGUACUGAGUAGUGAUAAAGUUUAGGCCACAUUAGCUGACAUUACUUUUAAUCAUGCAAAUGACCUUUUCUUCUUAAGGGAUGAGAACUACAAACACAAAUUGAUAUUAAAGCCUUAAAUAUGAAGCUGACUUGAGUGAUCAUGGAGGGAUUAAGGGUUUUGUUAGAGCCCCCAAGGUAAAAAAGGAUGAUUUUGAACAAGUUUACUGUAUUUUUUUUUUUGUAAAUAGCUGUAAAGGUUGCUUCUUUCAGUUAUGUGCUGGCUUUUAUUUUAUUUCUUAUUGUUUGUAGAUGAAGUGGCAAGAAUCACUGAAACUCACACACACAAUUGCAAAGUCCUGGGUUCGAACCCGGGUGAGAUGCCCAACUUAAUAAUAUCGGCAUUGUCAAUUGAGUUAGGUCAUACAGACAACUGAUAUUCCUACCUAGGAUAAACAUUUUUGUAUUUCAAAGGCUGAUUUAGGCUAAUUUCAAAGGCCUUUAUGCAAUUUUUUAUUAUUAUUGUUA